UAUUUAUUUUUUUAAUGCAUAGAGGCCCUUUGAAGUUUUAUGCAAAGCAUCGAUCUCCUUCUGAGGCGCACUUUCAGGCUCGCUUGAUCACUUCUUCGCGCGCUCGGUCAUGAACCUCCAAGUACAGAAAAACACACUUUACGUAGGUGGGUUGGCGGAGGAGGUGAAUGAGGUGAUUCUGCACGCGGCGUUCAUCCCCUUCGGUGACAUUAAGGACGUGAAGACGCCGCUUGAUCAGGCAACUCAGAAGCACCGGUCUUUUGGUUUUGUAACCUUCCUGGAGCGUGAGGAUGCCGUCGCCGCAAUGGACAACAUGGACGGUGCCGAGCUUUAUGGUCGCGUCCUCACCGUCAACUACGCCCUACCUGAGCGCAUCAAGGGAGGCGAGCAAGGGUGGGCCGCGCAACCCAUUUGGGCGGAUGCGGAUACCUGGUUUGAGAGGCAGCAGCAGGAGCAAGAGAUGCAGCGUUUGCAGGCAGAACAACGGGCAGCAAUGCAAGCUGCAGAGGACUUGCACAGAAAGAAAUUGGCUGAAGAGCGACAAGGGGAGAAGGAAGAUGAUGCCGAACUGAAAUCUGAUCCUAUGGCUGUGGCUGAAGCAGAGGCUCUUAAACAAACUACCUAAGCUAUUUUGGUAUUAAGGAAAGAAGAGAAACGCAUUGCUCAGAAAUUAUAUCAAACUUAACAAUGGAAAUUUGAUUUUUUUUUUCUUGAAUCUUCUGUGUGUUCUGCUGAACUUUAUAGCUGAGUUGCACUUAAUUGUCUGAUUCUAUUUA